GUGUCUUCAUUGUUGCAGCCAAGAGAACUCCUUUUGGGAGCUAUGGGGGUUUGCUGAAGGACUUCACAGCCACCGACCUGACAGAACAUGCUGCUCGAGCUGCCCUGGCUGCUGGCAAAGUCCCUCCUGAGAUCAUCGACAGUGUGGUUGUGGGCAGUGUCAUACAGAGCUCCUCAGACUCCAUCUACCUCGCCAGGCACGUGGGGUUACGCCUGGGGGUCCCUGUCCCAGUUCCUGCCCUCACUGUCAACAGACUUUGUGGCUCUGGUUUCCAGUCCAUCGCCAACGGGUGCCAGGAAAUUUGUCUCAACGAUGCAGAAGUUGUUCUGUGUGGUGGAGCUGAGAACAUGAGCCAGGCGCCUUACGCCGUUCGGAACAUCCGCUUUGGGACCAGACUGGGAGCAGAACUCAAGCUGGAGGACACCUUGUGGGAAGGGCUGACAGACAGACAUGUUAAAACCCCCAUGGCAGUCACAGCAGAGAACCUGGCAGCCAAAUACAACAUCUCACGGGAGGAGUGCGACCGCUACGCCCUCAAAACCCAGCAGAGGUGCAAAGCUG